UGGAGAAGAAAAUAUUGAAGAAAGAGAUGGCUCCAAGAAGAUUAACCAUGAUGACGAUGACCAUAAUGAUGAUGAUGAUGAUGAUGAUGGAUAACAUAUGCAUACGUGCUCAGGAUAUUUCCAGAGGCAGUUUCCCAAAGGGCUUUGUCUUCGGAACUGCUUCUUCUGCUUUUCAGUACGAGGGAGCAGUAAAAGAAGGUGGAAGAGGUCCUACGAUAUGGGACACAUUCUCCCACACUUUCGGUAAAAUCACCGAUUUUAGCAACGCCGAUGUUGCUGUUGAUCAGUACCAUCGUUACGAGGAAGAUGUACAGCUCAUGAAGAACAUGGGAAUGGACGCUUAUAGAUUUUCCAUUUCGUGGGCACGCAUCUUCCCAAAUGGCGUGGGACAAAUAAACGAAGCCGGAAUCAAUCAUUACAACAAACUCAUAGAUGCUUUACUUGCUAAAGGGAUCGAGCCGUAUGUGACGUUGUACCAUUGGGACCUUCCUCAAGCACUACAUGAUCGAUACCUCGGUUGGUUGAACCCACAAAUCAUCAAUGAUUUUGCUGCAUAUGCAGAGGUUUGCUUCCAGAGAUUUGGAGAUAGGGUGAAACACUGGAUCACUUUCAAUGAGCCACAAACAUUCUCAAUACAUGGCUAUGCCAUUGGUCUACAAGCUCCAGGCCGUUGCUCUAUUCUAUUUAAGCUCACUUGUCGCUCUGGAAACUCAUCCACCGAGCCUUACAUCGUCGGUCACAAUGUUAUUCUCUCUCACGCCACCGUAUCCGACAUCUACAGGAAAAAGUAUAAGGCAAAGCAAGGAGGUUCAUUAGGGUUAGCUUUUAAUGUAGCGUGGUUUGAACCGGAGUCAAACAAGACAGAAGACAUUGAAGCUGCACAAAGAGCUCAAGACUUUCAGCUUGGCUGGUUUUUGGACCCGUUGAUGUUUGGGGAUUAUCCAAGUUCGAUGAGAAGUAGAGUCGGAAGCAGACUACCAGUGUUUACGGGAUCUCAAUCUGUUCUGGUUAAGGGUUCACUAGACUUUGUUGGGAUUAAUCAUUACACAACGUACUACGCAAGGAAUAAUGCCACCAAUCUCAUGGGCACUGUCCUAGAUGGUGCCUUUUCUGAUUCUGGAACCGUCACUCAACCUUUUAAGGGUGUAACCCCAAUUGGAGAUAGGGCCAAUUCUUUAUGGUUGUACAUAGUGCCUAGAGGGAUGAGAAGCGUGAUGAACUAUGUCAAGCAUAGAUAUGGAAACCCUCAAGUCUUUAUCACUGAAAAUGGAAUGGACGAUCCAAACAACAUUCUGAUUCCAAGAGAAGAAGCUCUCAAAGAUGGGAAGAGAAUCAGAUACCAUCAUGAUUAUCUUUCGAACUUACAAGCUGCGAUUAAAGAGGAUGGAUGCAAUGUGAAAGGAUACUUUGCGUGGUCAUUAUUAGACAACUGGGAAUGGGCAUCAGGUUACAGUUCAAGGUUUGGUCUCUAUUUUGUGGAUUAUAGAGACAAUCUGAAGAGAUACCCUAAGGACUCUGUUCAUUGGUUCACUUCUUUCUUGAACUCCACUUCUUGAUUUGUCCUUUUCUGUUAGCCUCCCAUUUUAUUGGAUUCGCUGCAUGUGUACAAAACUUUAUGUUCAGUUAUGUAUUUCAAAAUCAUUGCUCUUUAAUGCAAGUGUUGAUUUUGUGGGUGUUUUUCCAAAAAAAUAUAUAACAUCAUAGUUUAUAUGUUGAAAGAUUUUAAAAAUUGAUUUGAUUAACUAUGUUAUCAAAGUGCAUUUAGAUUUUCCGAUACACAUCUAAAAAGAUAUUCUAAAGUUAAGCGUAUAUGAACUAUAGUAGUUAAAUGAUGGGUAAUAUAUUCUACUUCAUUGGUAAGUCGCUUCAUUCAUAGCUCAAGGAGACCCUUCGGUGGCAUGAAGGAACCAACUUCGAGAACUUUAUGUCUUAAAUAUAUAUAUAUAUAAUUAUGUUGGUAUUUCUCCUGCUUUGCCACGUGGAAAGUCGUUCGCUGCAGAGGCGAUACGUGUCCGUCACAACAUUAUUUGAGCUUCAGACUUAUAAAUUUUGGGCCUUAUACAACUCUAAUUUUUCAAGUCCGGUAACCCACAGAGUCCACCUCUGAACCAGCAGCCGUAAUCAAUUAUAUAUAGAUAGAUAACAAAAAAAAUCCACGUUAUCGUAAACUAUUUUACCACUUAAAUUAUUUGUCGGUCUCUUUAGGCUCUAUUAUUUAUGACUCUAAACUUUGAUUUGGGUCUAUACAAUAAUAUUAUUCUUACUAUAGUCAACUAGCAAAUGAAAAAUAAAUUUGAUUCAUCCGCCAAUUUAUUUUUCUAAGUUAAUAUAUGGUCAAUCAUUGUAUCCCAAUUUUAAUUUAUAAAUAAAUAGAAUGACGAGAGGUUUGAGAUCAAACAUUAAAAUCGAUGUGCCGUUAACCAGUACUAGAAAGCUCUGCACACAUGAAAUUAGCCAUGUGUUUACCCGUAACUGAAGAAUCGAACCUUACCAAAUAAAAAACAAAAUCGAAACAAAAUCAAAUUUCAUAAAUCAGGUAUAUUUCUAUAUAUCAUGUAUUCUAUAUUUUUCUGAAACUAAAAUAUCAAAAACAAACGAGAACCGAACCAAAAUUAAUAAGUAUCUCAAUUUGAAAUAUAAUUUACAAAUCUAAAAUAUUAAAUAAACUUAGUUUUACAGUAACAAAUAUCAUAAACUUAUUAUUUAUAAACUGAACUAUCCAAAAUGAAUUAUAUGAAUACCAUUUCCCUAAAUUAUUUAAAAUUAUAUAAACUACCUGAUAAUUUAUCCAAAAAAACUUAAAUCACCUGUUUUUUUCCUGGCAAAAAAUAAUUUAUCAAUAAAAUUUACUCAAAUUAACCAAAAUAAUCUGAAACGCCCGUAACCGAAAGAGACCCGAUUUUGUUUUUGAUAUUAGCUGGUUCUCCACUUUGUUGUCCAAACUGAACAAAAAAAACCAAAAUAUCUGAACGAGAAUUGAAUCAAAUUUUAUAAAUAACCGAACAUAUCUUAUAUCUGUAGAAUUAAAAAAUAAAAUAAAAUAAACCAAAACAAUUCCAAAAAAAAUAAUUAUAAAAAAGUUUGAAUUUUAAAAAAGUAUAAUUCGAAAACAUAAAAAAAAUAUGUUUUUUAUUUAAAUAAUUAUUUGUUAUAUAUAUAUCAAGAACAAAGAUAUAAGAGUCUUUUACCACUUAUUGAAAAUAUAUUUUAAAAAAUGCCCUUUUAGUGAUGGUAAAGAUCAAUAAUGGUACCAUGAAAGUGGUAAACAUGAAAUUUCACCUAUUAUCUAUUUAAAGUUAAUAUUUUCUUUUAUUAUGUCAAAUUGAACUAAGAAUAAUAAGAAGAUAUUGUCAUUUUAAUUCCAAACCAAAAAUGUUUAUUAAGGAUAUUAUUCUGAAUUGUUUUUUGCUAAUUUUGUAUUCUCUGAGAAUAAUGAAGGAUAUUGUCAUUUUAAUUUCAAGCCAAAAAUGUUUAUUAAAAAUAAGGGCACUCGCACCGGUUAAAAUUCAUAGUCUCUAAUAAAUUUAAAAAUAUUAAAAGCUGAAAAAGAAGAAAGAGAAACGAUAAAAAAAAAGAGCAAGAGUGGUACCUGUGGGAAGUGCUUUUAUACAUUUCUAAAGAAUCGGUAAAUACAUGUGGUAUCAUUUUACAGGUUUUUUUAUUUUAAUUUUUAAAAUUAUUAAUAACUAAAUUAUGUACAAAAAUAAUAAUAAAAAUAUUAGUGAGAUACUCUACUUGCUAUUUUACCACUAAUGAUGCCCUAACAAUGUUAUCUCAGAAUUCAAUUCAUUAUUCUUUUUUAUAAUAUAGUUUUCAAUCUACUAUGAUUUUUAAAUGCUUCAUAAAAUUAAUAUAAAUUUAUAUAAAACAGUUUUUAUUAUUAACUUCCCGCCCGUAAAGCCGGCCGAUCCUAGUUUCCUAUACAACAAAAUGGUAUUGAGAUUCCUUUUGAAUCCUAAUUCUUGUUGUAACGUCUGAAGCCGAAAUAUCAUAUACAGUAAGUGUAUAUAUAAAAAGAUUAUUCCCGAAAGAUAACAAAUCUUGUGCUUGAAUGUUUUGAAAUUUGGAUUUACUUGUGUAUAAUAAGAAAAUAAGAAAUGAAGUGUGAAACUUUCGAAAUAGUAAGGGCUAGACAGAAAAAUAUUUUGGAGGUCCAUGGAUAUUCGCGGGUCAACCCGAAUAAGUGUUUCGGGCCGCUUUCUGACGCACCUUGCUCGAUUUUAUCUUCUUUCGUGUUCUUCCCUAAAAUUUCAACGCAAUCCAUGUUUCAUUUAUCUUCCAAUUGAUCUGUAGAUUCAUCUAAUUCGCGUUUCCCUCUUUCUAUUGAUACCAAUUUUUAUCUAUUCCGUUUGUCAAAUCGAGAUCUAGGGUUAGGGUUGUCGAUCUCCUCAAAAGCUAUUUAAUUUAGCAAUCCAUCGUUUUCUUCAGCUAAUUAGUCGAGUUUUCAUGAAUAUCCCUUUUUUUUGUUGAUGCCAAUUUCAUGUCUUUCGUGCUCGAUUGAGAUCUAGGGUUCAUCCAAGAUCUGUAAAGGGCUUUCUCUUGAUUCAUAUAUAUUUUGUCAAUCCUUACCUAUUCCACUCUUGAUUUGGUUAAUUUUCGUGUAGGUCGGAGUAUAUAUUUUAGGGGGGUUUUUGAUUUUUUUUUUCACUCCAGCUUAAGCCUCUGAAACGCCGAAGCAUUUUAUCUCUUUAGACAGGUGUUGAAGUACCAUCAACAUGUCCGAGUAGGUCAAAUGUUAGACAGUGGGUGAGGAAGAGCUCUCUCCAUGCAUCGUAGUUGUGAUCAUCAGUGUCAAGAAUCAGCGGAAUGUGAUAUUUAAUGUUGGUGACUCCAAAAGCUCUGUCGAAUUGAGCAGCCAUGGAAGAAGAAAAGAAAGAUGCGUGGUGAGGAAGGAAAUAAGAAAAAAGAAUUGAAGAAGGCCAUCGGAGGAGCUAGAGAAGAAGGCUCUGAUACCAUGAAAAUCUUUGUAUUUCCUUGAUCGAUAAUGAAAGAUUUACAAGUUUAUUGUAUUUAGGGUUCAAACGCCCUUUGGAUGCUGAGAAGUUUCAUGAGCUCCCGUUUGAACAUUCCAUACAGCUUGGCUUUAGCGAUAAGUCAGUCGACGCAGUUUGAAGAAGUUAUUCCACGCUAUACUCUUACCACGGGUGUAUAUAAUUAACCUUACUGAACGAGGGAGAUGUUUUGAAACCCCAAGGAGGUGAAACCUUUGAUGAAGAGUCCAUUUUUGUUGACCCUGGUCUUGAUAUGAAUGGUUGUUUAGAUCGGGUCAUGAAAGAUUGCGAAGGGGAAGAAGAUGCAACUCACUCUCCUCGUUCUGAAAAGUGUUCUGAGCUUGGUCUUGGACCUCCAAGAACAGAGACUUUCUAUGCUUUCCUCUUGGAUCAACCUGCUAGAUAGCAAGUGUCCAUUGGAGCAGAUCAUCAGGCCAUCGUUCCUGAAUGGGAAGGUUGUCUGAAUGUGAACCUAGAAUCUUCAGGCACGUCGAAGCUUUCUGGUACACGUAUUGUUCCCAUGCACGACCUUUGAACUUGCACAUGAUGGCUUGAGAAACUGUGUGUAAAGAAAGAGGAGACUGGUCUUGGAGAUCAACAGAAGAAGUUUAAUGAUGCGAAAGUUUCAACAAAUGGCAAACAUGUUAAGCCAACCAGGAGCUUCAUCAUGGAGGAGAUAUUUGGUCAUGGACUGUGGGAAAACAGAGCAAGAAACAAGUGAAGGAAGCAACAUCGUUUUUCAACAACUUGCAGAAUGCUAGGGGAGAUUUUGUUGGGUUAUGGGGUCCUCCUAUUAAAAAGUAGAGAGAGGCUUAUUUUUUUAAAAAAAAAAUGAAUAUCUCAUGUGGAAUAGGCUGUUCCACUUUUCUUGGGGGCCUCAUUUCUGAAAAUCCAUUUACUUAGAAUGUCAGAAUCUCUCUGAUGUGAACUUUAGGAUUGUAUCUCCUUUGACCUUAAAAUAACUCUGUACAGAAAGUGUGAAGGCCAAGUCUGUAAAGAUGAAGUCUGUGUUUACAAGUAAUCUUUGAGAAAUAUUCAAUGCCAAA